GUGUGAACAGUUGCUUCAAAAGGGCUGAAGUCUAACGCAUGCGCACAAGCUACGGUGUAGAGAAAUAUACAUCGAUAUCCGAGUGCUCCUCCCUGAAUCUUUCACUAUGACAGAUAAACAAAACAUACAGAAAAGCGUCAAAAUAGCUGCUGGAGCAGUUGUGUGUGUCGAAAGUGAAAUCAGAGGAGAUGUUACGAUUGGACCUAGGACAGUGGUCCACCCCAAAGCACGGAUCAUUGCAGAAGCCGGGCCCAUCGUGAUCGGGGAAGGGAACUUGAUAGAGGAGCAGGCUCUGAUUAUUAAUAGUUACCCAGAAAAUAUCACACCUGACUCUGAGGGAGUGGAACCAAAGACCAUGACCAUCGGUAUUAACAAUGUUUUCGAGGUUGGAUGUGUAUCUCAAGCCCUGAAAAUUGGGGACAACAACGUCAUCGAAUCUAAAGCUGACGUGGGUAGAAAUGUUAUCCUUACCAGUGGAUGCAUCAUCGGUGCAUUCUGCCAAGUUAACACCUGUGAGGUCAUCCCUGAUAACACGGUCCUCUAUGGCUCUGGGUGUCUGAGGAGGGUUCAAACUGAGAGACCGCAGCCCCAGACCCUCCAGUUGGACUUUUUGAUGAAGAUUCUGCCCAACUACCACCACUUAAAGAAAACCGUGAAGGCUAGCCAGAACCCUAGCUAAAACAAACUACUAGGAAUGUCGGAUCUAUUUAUAAAACUAAACAGCUUCUUAAAUUCCCCAAAGUGCAAAUGUAUAUAGUACUGAAAAUUCAGGCUGCUUUGGUAGUUGAUGCUCUCCUUUGUUAAUGCUAUAACAAAUAUUUUCUACUUGUUUGACUAGAAAUUUCUCUUCCAAUGCCUUAGAUUUUAUAUAUCUAAUUAAAUGCUUAAAAUUUG